ACAGCUUUCGCGCAUCCUCGAGUCGUCAUGGCUAGCGUAGCUAAAGCUGGAGACAGCAGCAAAGAUGCUACCACUCCGCGAACCAACCCCCGCGGAAUCCCAAAUGCUGUAUUCAUCGAUCGAGUCGAGGAUUAUGUUACCGACCGCUCAGAGGUGGAGAGCACCAUAAACAGCUUCAAGGAGAUGAUCUCGAAAUACCAAUUCAUGCAACAGAGCACACAACGCCGAGCCGCAGGACUCAAGGACAAGAUCCCAGAUAUCCAGAAGACGCUUGAAACCGUACGGUUCCUGCGCUCGAGACAAGACGACGCCGAGCCUCUAGAAACGACUUUCGAGCUCAACGACACGCUGUAUGCAAAGGCAGAGGUGCCGCUCACAGAGGAGGUCUACUUGUGGCUAGGCGCCAACGUCAUGCUCGCGUAUCCCAUCCCCGAGGCCGAAGAGUUGCUGCAUUCGAAGCUCGAGACUGCGAAGUACACGCUUAGCACGUGUGAGGAGGACCUAGAUUUCCUACGGGAGCAGAUCACGACACUCGAGGUUGCGUUCGCGCGCGUAUACAACUGGGACGUUGCACAGCGGAGGAAAGAGAGGGAGGCGGGAGAGUCAAUAGAGGACAAGAAGGGCGGUUCGCCGAAUGGAUGAUAAGCUACUACGCUCACCGAACCACUGCUUGGUACUGGACCAUGAUGUAAAUCGAGAAAAGGUACAACGAUUCAAGCAAAAGUUCAAUCGUAUGCUCCAUACCCGACUUUAGAGCAUCCUAGUAUUGUUUCACAAUACUUACCUCAUAUGCGUCAAGAUCUACCCAACGCAGCUCAACCCUUCUCUCAUUAUCUAUC